UUUAUUUUCCAGAGCGUUCAGUUGUCUCGAACACCAACAGGUGUUAAAAACGUGUCUGAAAACGUAUAGCGGUUUGUGCAAGAAUAAUACGGUAAACAUUCAAGCAAUAAAUGCAUUUAUCGUAAGCAUUUUGGAUAAAAAAACAAUUAAACAUACAAAAUAUAUAAAAGGAUAUAACUACUUAAGCGCAGAAGCAGCAGAAAACAUUUCAAGCUCUCACAAUGGGUAACCAGCAUGCACUGGUGUUACUAGUGCUCCUCGCAUUUGGCGCAUUCCAGCAAACGCUCACCAGCACUUUGCGUCCGGGCGAUUUGACGGCUGAAAAGUAUAAUCUUCUUGGUGAUAUCGGUAAAGAGGACGCAUUGGUGUGGCCACAUUCGAAGGAGCAUGGCAUACGAAUUUCCACUCCAAAAGUUAAAGAUGUGCCUAUCACAUCAACAACAACAACAACUAGCACCACCGAAACAACAAAAGAGGCUAAGAAGCCAACAACAAAUACAGUUGAGUUGAACAAUGAUGCACUUAAUCUUAAUCAAGAAGCUAAACAACAAAAGGUGAGCGAUGAGACGCUCUACGAUUUGAUUGAAGCCUCAAAACACAGCAUUGCACUUGCCGAUGAUCCAAGAUUCAAUAAGAUGUUGCCAACUAAAUUGAAGUCGGAGAAUUCCACCACCACGAGCAAUAAGAGUGAAGAGUAUGAUUAUAAUUAUGAUAGCGAUGACUAUGAUGAUGAUUAUAAUUAUGAUGAUGAAAUUGCUGCAACGGAGUCAUCGCAAAAGACAAAGAGCAGCAGUACUGCCAAACCGAAGAACAUCGGUGGCAGUGCCACAGCGAAAAAUAGCAAAAAGGUGGAAAUGAAACCGAUUAAGGAAGAAAAACUGCUACCUUCCAAGCCAAACGCUGACACGAACCAACAACAGCAAAACACAAAUAAAAUUGAAGAUUUAGAUGAAGAUGACUACGAUGAUGAUGACGAUGAAGCGGAUGAAGAUGAUGAAGAGGAGGUCGUUUUCAAUCAGAAUGUGCCCUGUCCCAGAUAUUGUGUCUGUGCACGUAAUGUGAACAGUUAUUUAGUGGCAACCUGCAGCCGUUUCGAUCCCGAAACACAGAAAUUCGGUUCGGAUAUCACCGAUUUGAUUGUGACCGAUGUUGGGCCGAAAUAUCCGAUAUUGUUGGGACCGGAAUUCUUCCUACAAAUGGGUUUGAAAUAUGUUUCUUCAAUCAAAAUCUCAAAUUGCACCAUCGAAUUCCUGCAUCAGGAUGCCUUCCAUGGCUUGGACGAAUUGUACUCGGUGAAUUUGACAAAUGUCGGCUUGGCAGUCAUCAAUCCAAAUACCUUCUCGCGCAAUAAGAAAUUGCGUUUGUUGACCAUCUCCGGCAAUGAUUUGAGCGUUAUGUCCAAUGUACAUUUCCUAUUGAAUUCCUCAAGUAUUGAGGAGCUGGAUUUGUCACGUAACAAUUUAAUGGAGCUGCAUCCACAGGCCUUCUCCAAACUCUCCAAUGUCGUGUAUAUUAAUUUGUCACAAAAUAACUUACAGAAGAUACCGGAGCAUGUAUUCGAUGACGCCGAAACCAUCGAAGAGUUGGAUUUGUCUUAUAACGCUUUGAAAACGUUACCUGCCAAAGUCUUCAACCGCACCACGCUCGCUAUUCUGCAUCUGAAAUACAACUCCAUUACUGGCGACUUGCACUUUGGCACCGAUGACCUACAGCAGUUGGAUUUGAGCUUCAACAAUAUCAAGCACGUGCAUCAUGGCAUGUUCGACCGCAUGACUGGACUGACUAAUUUGAAUCUUAAGGGUAAUGGCAUUAUGACAAUCCAAACUGACUCGUUCUUGGCACUGAAACGCUUGCGUCACAUUGACUUGUCCAUCAAUGACUUGGAUCAGAUCCCGAGCAUGAUUUUCUACAAGAACUCCGAAUUGGAUGUCAUACGUUUGAAUGACAAUCCACGUCUUAGCCAAUUGCCCACCGAUGGUUUCCACAGUUGCAAUGGUUUCUUCACCGUCUACUUCUUGGACAUUUCAAAUUGCGCUAUUGGCGCACUUGGACACAAGACCUUCUCCACAAUGCCGCACUUGGCCACACUGAAGCUUGCCUGGAACAAUAUUAACAAUUUGGAACGUGACACCUUCACUAGUCUAAAUAAGUUGACCGAAUUGGAUUUGAGCAAUAAUCUGAUUGCACGCAUGGACGAGCUACUCUUCAUGAACAACAAUGAGUUGACAAAAUUGAAUUUGGCCGGCAAUCCAAUACGUAAAUUGUCGGUACGUCUCUUCAUGCCACUCGCUAAGCUACAAGAACUGGAUGUCAGCGAUUGUGAGCUCUCCUCGUUACUCUCUGAGAAUCAAUAUGGCAUGGGUCGUAAAUAUAAAUUCUACGAUACACUGCGCAGCUUCAACGCCUCCGCAAAUCAAAUCAAACGCAUAUCUUCCGGUGAUGUGCGCAGCUUCAAAAACUUGCGCACCGUGGACAUUUCACACAACCCGCUCAAGUGCAACGAAGACUUCCAAGACUUCAUCAGCUACGUCUCGCUCACACCCCAUUUGGGACCGAACAAAUUGCCAUCACAUGCCGAACUUAAGGACGAUGAGAGCUCCGUUGAAGUGCAAAUGAACGCCGAUUGGGCUGCCUUGGCGCAUGAAGUGUGUCGCCAUCAAGAGGGCACAAUAAGCAAGAGUAAACAGAAGAGUUUGGAGAAACGUAUUGAGCAAGCAGACAAGGUUUUAGAUCAUGAUGCACAGAGCUUAUGGAAGAUUGUGGAAAAUACUAAAACAUACAAACAUAAAAUACUGAAGGACACCGAAAAGAGUGAUGCCGGCACUUUGGAUGAAGAGAGCGCCGAAGAGGAUGAGAAUACAGCAGAGGAGGACAAAGAUGAUGAAGAAGCAGAUGAGGAUGAAAAUGAUAGCGAAUAUGAUGAGGAUGAGGACGAUGAGGACGAUGAAGAUGACGAGGAUGACGGUGAGAAUGGCGACAAAAAGAGUAACGACAAGGCGGAGAGUGAAAAGAAAAUUGACAUCUUGAAAUUACAUGACUUUGGCGUGCAUGUGGAAGAAGUGAAUCUAAACAAGGAGACCAAGGAUCAAUUCCUAUUGAACAAAUUCUUGAUGAGCGGUGACGACUCUAGCGAGAACAACGACGAAGAGGAAAUCAUUAUCGAGCGCGGCCGUAUCUACUAUGAAGGCUACAAAUUCAUUUGUGCCAUGCUUUUGCUCUUCUCUUGUCUGGUUAUCAUCGUAGUGGGUAUUAUCAAGAUUGUCGCGGUUGUAAUGCACAAGCGUGGUGAACGCUAUCGUAUGGCGCUCUUGGCCUCCUCAAACAAUUCGAUUGUCUAUCAAAAGCUCUCGGAGGAAAUCAAACCGAAAGUGAAGGAGCCGAAGGUACCGAAAGUGCAUCGUUAUGCACCGAUCAAUCAGGUCUAAGCCACACUACACCAGAGGCCAAUGGCAUAUACAUAUACACAACUACAUACUCGUAUGUAUAUAGUUGUGGGUGGUGUGAGUAAUGUUUGAAUGAGUGUGACAGCAGCGGGUAUGGGAGUUGGAGAAAAGAACUCAAACACAACAACCACUUGUUAUUAAAAUGUUUUAAUUUUAAGCAAAAAUAUAUUAAAUACAUUAAAAAAGAAAAAUAAAUAAAUACAUGAAAAAUAGUAAAAUGCAAAAUACAAGUAAAACAGAAAGGCACACAUAUUCACACAUACACACACAUAUAUAUAUAUACAUAUAAAACAUAAAAGCUUACAUGCGUACACAGUAAACGAGAAAAAUAAAAACAAAUAAAGUAUUAAUACCGAAUUAAACUUAAAUUAAAAUACUUUACUUUGCUAAAGAAUAGUACUUAAUUAAACUUAAUUACGAGAAUUAAAAUAAAGCGAAAUAAUUAACUACGCACUAACUUCUUCUGGGUUCCCAAGCAUGACUAAUAAGUGAAAACACGUUGAACUAACAGCGAAAAGGUGAACAAAGGAUGAUAAGAACGGGCUAUAACGCGACAGCUGUAUGUAUUUCUAAAAAAAAAAAUGAAAUAAAUAACUACAAAAAGUAACAAAAAAUGGAAACGCCAAACAUUUUCCCCAAGCAUUGAAACACAAAAUUUGAAAAUUUAAAAAUAAAUAAAAAUGACUACACCUUGUGCCAUCGUUGGAGCGUUUUUGGAAUUUCCUAAUUGAACUUUUUUUCAAAAUUAAAUCAAACAAAUAAAAUCCUUAAAAAAAUGCUUUGAAAUCAAAGAAAAAAAGAACAAGCAGAGCUGACGCUUUAAGAGAAGUGAAGUAAAAAAAAUAUAAAGACAAAAACUAAUCUGCAUUUUGGUGAAUGAGUAAA